AUGAGUAAUGCCAAAACUUCUGGGGGUUCCCAGCGGACGCAGACGGUAGUGUACAGCGUCAAUGGUCUGUGGGUGGCGUAUGCACACGCCUUCUUUGCAUAUAGUGCAUUUUUUGCUGCAUUAAUUGUUGGAUGCUGGCUUCAUUAUCACAAGAUUGUCAAAAAUGCUUCCUUUGGAUAUCCAGAUGAAUGGUUUCCGAGUGUCUCUGCCACCAUUGGUGAUCGGUACCCCGAAAGAUCGCUUUUUCAGGUAUUGAUAGCGGUAACUUCCGGACCUCGGUUUCUUCUUUUGGCAUUGAACUAUUUCAUAUGUGCUGAAAAUGGUCCGCUUCUCGCAACUAUUGGGGUUGUUUGUGGUAUUAUGCGAACAUUCACAUGUGGAGGAUGGGUCUAUAUCACCUCUACCGAUGACCAUGAUUGGCAUGACAUUUUUAUGAUCGCCUAUAUUUUGCUCACCAUUCCAUGGACAGUGUGUAUGAGCGUGCUUUCUCCCAAAGGGUCCAUUGUACGCCGUGGUAGAACCUGGACCGCCAUUGCAUUUUUUUCCACCUUGGUCCCUUUGGUGUACUGGUUUAUUCAACACAAGGUCCAUGUUCGUCCCGGAGCAUACUCCAUCUAUGCUUAUUUCGAGUGGGCCCUUAUUCUCUUGGAUGUGGGUUUCGAUACGUGGUCGGUAGUGGAUUUCGCCGAUAUUGAGAUCACCAUUGGCAGUGGAAUCUUGGUGAAGAAAAUUGUGCCAAUUGAGUCGAAAAAAAUUGAUUCAAAAAUCGAUUUAAAAGUUGUCUCAACUUCUUCGUCUUUUUCGUUUCUUCCCUUUGCUGCACAUGUGGUCAAUUCAUUCACCUUCUGGUCGGUUCUCUCGGCAUUGUUCCUCGCUGUGUGGUACUUUCCCCUUUGGCAUAUGGGUAUUUCUGGCUACGAAGCAGCCAUAGUAACUUACUUUGUACCUCACUUUUUGUUGGCAGUUCCGCACUUAAAGUCCUUCUUGGCAUCGUACCCAUUGGUCACCAGAGUUUUGGCGGUUCUCUUUGGAAUUGGAGCCUACAAGAUCGAAGAACCAGAACAUAAGCUACUUUCAAUUUCCAUUGGAACCGCUUUUUCCGUCGUCUCUUUGGCCAGCGAAUCCUCCGCGGCUUCCUCAGAUCCUCAAACGUUGAAGGAAUAUGCCGUAGCUCAAGUUCUAGGACUCAUGGCUACCUCGGUAUUCAAGUAUAUGUGCUUCUCCAAUAACCCUAUUUGGCCAGUGAUGCACAAAGAAAACGGUGGAUAUAACGAGAUUGGAAUCUUUGUGUGCUUGGUGGGAGCACUCUUCACCCCCAAGUACUCAACUGCUUCGAAGCCAGUAGAGAAGAGAUCAUCUCUCCUCUUGUCUGCUCUUGGGUUUGGUGGCUACUUUUUCUCGCUUCAAUAUCUUUUGGGCGACUCUUCCACCCUCAUCAUGUGGGCCUGGGAUGGAUAUCCCAUUACUGGUCCAACCCCAGUGACCGGGGCUCUCUUUCAUUUUGGUGCGUUUGCCGGUGGAAUUCUUGCUGCGUCGAAGCUUAAUCCUCAAACGUUCACAUCGGUAUUCUACAACAUUUUGGUGGGAGGAGUAUCUGCAUUUGUGCUCUACUACUUCCCUGGAUGGGUGGGGUACGCCGGCUCUUGCUCGUAUACCUUUUAUCUCGCUUCCAUUUCACCGCUUGUGUGGAGAAUCAUCAGCGGUCACAAUCCCGCUGCGUUUUUCACACUUUCGUUUUUUUUCACAAUUGUGAUUUCGUUGGCUUCUGUUUGGAUCGUUGCGUACGCAUUCGUGCCUGGUGGGUUUCUUUUGAGAGAAAGAACCGAUAUAGUCUUGGGAACUUCUUUCUUGAUGGUGUUGGUUGGGGUCUGGCAAAACACCAGUGUCCAAGUAAAAAAGACUACUGGUUCAAUUGUCAAGAACUCCCUAACUUUUAUUGCUGUUCUUUUGGCCCUCGCUACAGCAGUAACCUUUAAUCGUACUCCGGUCGGCGAAUUCACGCCGUACAAUCCAAGCUCGGGGUCGUUCACCGCAGGAAUCUGGUGUGUCCAUUUUGGUCUCGACAACGAUAUGUGGUCGAGUGAAACAAGAAUGUUAAAUCUUCUUCGUGACGCUCAAGUGGACAUUGUUGGUUUACUCGAAACUGACACCCAACGACUCAUUGGAGGUAAUCGUGAUUUCAGUCAAACCAUAGCUCACGAGCUAGGCAUGUACGCCGACUAUGGACCAGGUCCAAACAAGCAUACUUGGGGAGCUGUGCUCUUGUCCAAGUUCCCGAUCCUUAGGUCUACUCAUCAUUUGAUGCCUUCGCCAGUUGGAGAAUUGGCGCCUGCUAUCCAUGCCACUUUGGAUAUUUAUGGUGAAGAAGUCGACGUUGUUGUGUUCCACUCGGGCCAGGAAGAAGACGAAGAAGACCGUCGUUUGCAAAGUCUCAAGUUGGCGGAAAUCAUGGGCAGUUCUGACCGUCCUUUGGUUCUUCUCAGUUAUCUUGUCACCGAGCCAUUACAGGGUAACUACAACACCUAUGUUAGCGAAGCGUCCGGGAUGCAUGAUAUUGAUAGCACAGAUUGGGACCGAUGGUGCGAGUACAUUUUGUUCAGGGAUGUGAAAAAAGUGGCAUAUGCCCGGAUUUCUCGUUCUACAAUCACCGACACUGAGCUUCAAAUUGCCAAAUUCAAGUUGCUUACAGAAGAUGAGAAAAACAAUUUCGACGAGGAUCUCAUCUACGGAAACCAUUUUAUUGAUGAAGAGGAUGUUCCAGAAGAAUUGAGAAUGCCCCAGAUGUUUAGAGGAGACGGGGUAAGGGACCAUCGGUACCAUGUAUUUGAUGAGCCUCGGUACUUUGCACAGUCGCGAUAA